AUGGAAAAAGCUCGUGGAAAGGGAGAGUGGGACCAAAAGGUGUCGCGGUUCGGGGGGAAGAUGAGGCCCGAGAAGGCGCUGACCGACAAGAUAGCACCCGCGUGGAACGAGAAAAAGGGGCAGGGAGAGGAGAAGGCGCGGAGCGAAGGGAAGGCCAGUGGCGGGGAGAGAUUCCGAGGCAGAGAGAGGGAUCUCGGAAGGUGGCCCUCAGGCGCAGUCUGGCUGGCAGGCGUUGACCCCCUCUCCAGGUUCGAGUCACGUUGCACGCUGCCCCCCGCGAUGUACCCUGCCGGCCCUGCGUGGCCGAAACUCCGAAUCCUGCGGGCGCUGUGGGCAGUGCUGGCGGUGCUAUUGGCAUCGUGGAGGCUGUGGGCGAUCCAGGAUGUCCAGGAGUGCACCUGGCAGGUUGUCCUGAACAAGUUCGAGACGGUAGGCAAGAAUGGCAUGAGCGACCGCUUCUUCGAUCAAGAGCCCCUGGAGACAGUGGACAGUGUGUUCAGCCCGCUGGUGGAUGUACCCACCGACCAGGGCGAGAAAUACCUGAGCUUCCCAUACUACCUGAAGAUCAACUACUCCUGCAAUGGAGAGUCCUCCGAGGCCCAGGUCCGCAAGGGCCACCUGACGGGGCUGAAGCCCGUGGUGCUGGUGACCUUCCAGUCCCCAGUCAACUUCCGUCAGUGGAAGAUAGAGCAGCUGCAGAUCCAGAUGGAGGCAGCCCCCUUCCGUAGCAAAGAGCAGUGCACCGCAGAGGAGGUGUGUGUCAUGAGCUGGUACACACCCAUGCCCAUCAAGAAUGGCAGCGUGGUCAUGCGUGUGGAUGUCAGCAGCAAUGGCCUGGGGCCCUUCAUUCCCAAUAAAAGAUUUCAGGUGAACAUCAAUGGCUUCUUGCAGAGACAGCAAGACAACACACUCCAUUUCACUGUGGGGAAUGAGAUCUUCAAUCUGAUACCCCGGUACUUCAUGAAUGUCCCAUCGAGGGCCCUGUGGCACACUGUGGACCAGGCACCUGUGCUCAUCUUGGGUGGCAUUCCUGAUGAGAAGUCCAUCCUGCUGACGGACACCAGCUUCACCGACUUCUUUCUUGUGGAGUUGAACAUUGACAGUUGCUGGGUAGGCUCCUUCUACUGCCCUCAGGCCAGUUUUACUGCCACCAUCUAUGAUGCCAUUGCCACCGAGAGCACUCUCUUCAUUCGGCAGAACCAGCUUGUCUACUAUUUUACGGGCACCUAUCUCACCCUCCACGAGAGCAACCGCGGCAGUGGGAGCUGGGUUCGUGUCCUGGCCGAUGGGUGCAUCAAGAGGCUGUGCCCUGUGCAUUUCCAUAGCAAUGGCUCAGAGUACAUCAUGGCCCUCACCACUGGCAAGCGGGAAGGCUAUGUCCAUUUUGGGACCAUCACAGAUGGUCAUGUGUCCUUCAAGUUGCUGCCCAAGCAACGGUCUGUGUGCGAAGGGAUACAAGUUGCCAACUGCUCCAUAACCUGGGCCGUAUUCAUUGCUGGUGACUACAUAUUAAUGAUGCUGGUGGAGAUCCAAGACCCCACCACUGGGAAGUAUUUCCAGGUGGUCAGCUACGACUUGGUCAGUGAUAACCUGGUCAUCGUCUACACCAUCCCGGAAUUCAUCCCUGAUGCUCGAGGCCUGGAGUUUCUGAUGAUUCUAGGGACAGAGUCUUACACCAACUUCCCAAUGGUACCCAAGGGCAUGUUCCACAACCCGUAUAACAACCUGCUGUUCAUCUGGGGCAAUUUCCUCCUGCAGAGCUACAACAAUGAAAACUUCAUCUACCUGGCGGAUUUCCCCAAGGAGCAGUCCAUUAAGUACCUGGUCAACUCGUUCCACGGGGACAUGGCUAUUGUCACAGAGACUGAGGAGAUCUGGUACCUCCUGGAGGGCAGCUACCGGAUGUACAAGCUGUUCCCAUCCAAAGCCUGGGAGGUGUACGUCAGCCUACAGGUGAUGCACCAGUCCUCUUUCUACACCCCCAGUGAGACCAUGGUCACCCUCUUCUACGAAGACCGCAAACUGUACCAGCUGGUGUACCUCAUGAACAACAAGCAGGGCCAGCUUGUCAAGAGGCUCGUGCCCGUGGAGCAGCUCCUGAUGUACCAGCAGCUCGGCAAUCACUACCUCUUGCAGCGGCAGGGGAACCACCUGACGCUCUCCUUCACCAACUUCUGCCCCUUCACCGUGAUGCGCCUGCGGGACCUGCCCAACCCGCAGAUCUACACGCGCCAGGAGCGCUACCGGGCGCACCCGCCGCGCGUGCUGGAGCCCUCGGGCUUCCACGACGAGAACUCUCUCGCCGUCUACCAGGGCCUCGUCUACUACCUGCUUUGUCUGCACUCCAAGUACCACAAGCCAUACGCGGACCCGGUGCACGACUCCACCUGGCGCUGGUGGAAGAACAAGAAACUGGACCAGGAUUACUACUUCUAUCUGGCUAGCAACUUGCAGAGCGCGAGUAACGUGUACAUUGACAUGGCCAGCUACGAGAAGAUCUACGACCUCAAGGCCAAGCACGAGCUGCCCGAGCGCAUCUUUCUGGACAAGGGCACCAGCUACGCCUUCUCCGUCUUCCUGACCGUCCGCGGGCACUCGUUCGAGUUCCAGCCGGAGCUGCUCACCACCGUAGAGCUGCGCAGCAAAGUGGAUCUGGGCGUGGUGCUGGCCGACCCGGGCUGCAUCGAGGCGGUGGUGAAGCAGAAGGUCCUCAUUAAUCGCAACUCGGUGCUUUUCUGGGUUACGCUCAGUGAUAAAAGGUCUUGCUUUGAUCAGGGCCUUAGUGGACAUCACCUCAUGAAGACCUCCAUGUUGGUCAAGGUGGUGGGCGCGGUCGGGCACUGCUUCCAGAACACACACGAGGGGCCCCGCAUGCAAGGCAACUUGAUGGUGCCUGUGCUCAUCGGCUGCCCCCCAGGCAAGCGGCUGGCCUUCGACAUCACCUACACACUGGAGUACAACCGCCUGCAGAACAAACACUACUUCGACUGCGUGCACAUUGACCCCGAGAUGCCCUGCUUCCUCUUCCGUGAUAUCUUCUACCCUUUCUUCUUGAUCCAAGACUUGGUGACGGGAGAUUCAGGCAGUUUUCAGGGCAGCUACGUGCUCAAGGUGGUAGGCGGUGGGCCCACAAUGGACACCAUCAAGGAAUACAGCGAGGAGGAGAUUUACCGCUUCAACAGCCCCUUGGACAAGACUAACAGCCUCAUCUGGACCACCAAGAACACAACGACCACCAAGGACUCGGCCUUCAACAUCAUGACCCAUCAGAGUCUGGGCAUCGAGUGGCUGUGUCUGGAGAACUCCCCAUGCCAUGACACCAUUCCUCAUACCAUCUUUGCCCCCGAAUUCUUCUUCAAGGUGUUGGUGAGCAACAGAGGUGUGGACAAGAGCACAUACUGUGACCACCAGCUCAUCUUCCUGUUGCAUAUCCAUGGGCUCCCACUCAGUGCCAAGCGGGCCCUCUUAAUCCUCAUGGUGUCAUCCAGUGUGUUUAUCGGCCUGGUGAUCCUCUACAUCAUCUUCUGCCUCCUACUGCCUGUUAUGGUGAAGGCCUGCAACAUCCUCCGUUGGAAGAUCAACAACAUCAUCACAUCAGAGUCAUACUACACCUACACGUCCUCUUCUAGAGUCUUUAGCGGGACAUCUGGGACCAAAUCCAAGGGCACCUCCAGCGUCAGCUCCAGUGUCAGUUCCAAAGUGGCAGAGAGGAACCAGGAGGCCCCUGAGGAAACCUCGAAGAAGCAGUCUAUUACCUGAGCCUCUUGCCUGCCCCAACCCCCACCAGUGUGCCCCCCUCACUUCCUGGGCCAUCUUGGAAAAGCAAUUAUCACUCGUCCUAGGCUUUUUUUGUUUUGUUUUGCUUCAAUUUUCAUUGCUCCUUCAGACCUAAAUCCUCAUUUCAGGACCAGCUGUGGGCCCUUGUAAGGGCUCACGUUCAGUUAGUUUGUACCACACAGCCAUACAGGUCAUUAAAAUCAAAAUCCUUCUGUGCUAACUGGUAAAUAGCAGCUUCUCUGUGUGCCUAACAACUCCGCCCCUCCCCGGGCUGCCCCCAACCUCCCCUCAGUUCAGCAAGGUCUUCCAUGACCCAGGCCCAUCUCUGUGGCCUGCAGUACGUUCUGAUUGUUCAGUGCCCAGGUUUAGUACCAAUCAUUAAGUAUUUUGAUUUUCAAUACCUAUCUAGUGUCUAGCUUAAGGACAGGACUUUGGAGAGGUUAGGAUUUUUGUUUUAGUUGCAAGUAACAAAAAUUUCACUUAAAUGGCCUACAUAGAAAUGGUAAUUGUAUGGGCUUUAAUUGGGGUUCAGGUACAGUUUGAUCCAGAAGUCUUCAAUGUCUAUAGGGGUCUGGCUCCAUUUCUCUGUAGCUUUUCCUGACCUGCCCUCCUCUGCGUGUGGUCUCUAACCUCAGGCCAGCCCCCUUCAAGAUCUGAGGUCCACAUAUCUUAUUGUCCAGAGAAAGAAGGGGCUGGAGUCCAACAUUCCCAAGCACGUCCUAUCAGUCACUCUGAUUGGAUGGGGAUGGGUCCUGAGCUCACCAUUUUAUUACUCACACUGCCAGAGGUUUAAGCAAAUUGAGCCCAGCCCUGGAGCUGAGGAAAGGAAAAUGUGCUGUCAAGAAGGCAAAAAUCUGGGCGCCUGGGUGGCUCAGUUGGUUAAGCGACUGCCUUCGGCUCAGGUCAUGAUCCUGGAGUCCCGGGAUCGAGUCCUGCGUCGGGCUCCCUGCUCGGCAGGGAGUCUGCUUCUCCCUCUGACCCUCCCCCCUCUCAUGCUCUCUGUCUCUCUCUCUGUCUCUCUCUCUGUCUCAAAUAAAUAAAUAAAUAAAAUCUUUUAAAAAAAAAAAAGACAAAAAAAAAAGACUUAAAAAAAAAAAAAAGAAGGCAAAAAUCUGAAAGGCAAAAACAAAACAAAACAAAAUACCCCCCCCCACACACACACAAACACACCUUGUACUCUACCCACUCUCCACCUAAUAAGCUCAACACCAGUCCCUCAGCAGAGAUCUUGGGUGAAGUGACUAUGGAGGUUCUGUGACCACUCUCUUCUACUCCCCUACUCUGGGAGUAGAGGCCCAGGGGACACAUACUCUGAGGGGACAUCAGGGCAGACAGCUGGACCAGCUUGUCCAUGAUGAGAUAGCAAAGCUCCAGAGCAGGCAAGGGCGCUGAGGUCAUGUUUUGGAGCUUGGAAAUUAUCAGAAGAGUACUCAGAGCUGAGAGGCCAAAGGACAUGGUUAGAUGUAGAAAGGUGCUCCUGAGGAGGACAGCUCAGGGCUGGAGGCAGAGAUCCCAGGGAGGCAGGAGGCCAGAGAUCUGGACAGACGAGGAUGGGGCUAGACCAAAGCCUACUGUAGGGAGGGGAGGAGGCAGCAGGUGGGAGAGAUGCUCAGGAGGCCUAGUGAACAGACCAUGGGGCUGGAGGACCAUGAAGGGAAUGGGAGCAAAGGAGACAUUUAGGAAAAGGUCCAGGGCUGGGGUGCCUGGGUGGGUCACUUGGUUGAGCAUCCAACUCUUGAUCUCAGCCCAGGUCUUGAUCUCAUGGUCAUGAGUUUGAGCCCUGCAUUGGGCUCCACGCUGCGCAUGGAGCCUACUUAAAAAAAGAAAAGAAAAUGUCCAGGGCUCUGCCAUGAAGACUGAGGGACAAAGAGGCUGUCCCUAAGAUGACCAGGGAGAGGAGAAGGUUUUGGGGACAGACUGAGGCCUUUGGGGUCACGGCAGGUGUGGGAGGUCUGAGAGACUUCUGGAGGAGGCCAUCCAAGAGGCUGCAGGAAUGUCAGAUCUGGGGCUCAGGAGGGAGGUCAGGGAUGGUCAAGCCACAGGGCACAAUAAUCAGCAGUAAAGACUCAUCAACAAUAUUAACUGCACUGAUGCAAAUAAGGAAAAUGUGAUAAUAUCAUGUUUUGUCCUUAGUCCGUUCAGGCUGCCACCCAGGCGCCCCUGAUCUAUCUCUUCUUUAUGGAAAUAAAAAUGAUUAUAAGAGCAUGUUAUGAACAACUGUACAGCAACGAAUGGAAUAACCUAGAUGAAAUGAAAAAUUUCUAAAAAAUAUAAAAACUACCAAAACUGACUCAAGAAGAAAUAGAAAGGGACACCUGGAUGGUUCAGUUGGUUAAGCGUCUGCCUUCAGCUCAGGUCACGAUCCCAGGGCCCUGGGAUCGAGCCCUGCAUCGGGCUCCCUGCUCCGCAGGAAGACACUUUUCCCUCUCCCACUCCCCCCGCUUGUGCUCUCUCUCUCUCUC